CGGGCGCGUCACGGCGCGUCACGCCACGUGGGGUCACUGGGGUCGCGGUGCCGGGAGACGCGUGGUGGUGAAAGCAGCAGCUGCAAUGGCCUCCGCGUUGGAGACCUACGUCAAUCACACGGUCUCCGUCAUCACUGCAGACGGGAGGAUGAUUGUGGGGACCCUCAAGGGCUUCGACCAGACCAUCAACCUCAUCCUGGACGAGAGUCACGAGCGCGUGUUCAGCUCGAGCCAGGGCGUGGAGCAGGUGGUGCUGGGCCUCUACAUCGUGCGUGGAGACAACGUGGCGGUGAUCGGAGAGAUCGAUGACGACACGGACGGAGCGCUGGACUUGGGCAACAUCCGCGCAGAGCCUCUCAACCCAAUCAUCCACUAGCCCUGUACCCCCCCCCCCCCCAUUCCCUUCCAUAACCCCUGACCCUAUACACACGAAGAUCCCCGUAUAGCCUUUAACAGACUGAUGGGGCUAUACUCUUUGUUUUUUUCGGUAAAGUCACGUAGGUAAAAAUAAAUGAGUGAAAAAACAACGAAAUUUUUCAUUUAUUCAUUUUUACCUACGUGACUUUACCGAAAAACCAAAGAGUAUGAAUCCUUGCAGUCACGAAAACUUCAAAUCUAGAAUAAAUGAUGGGGCUAUACCCUAUACACACACACAGACAAAGAUCCCCCAGUGUGUAGCCUUAACAGACCGUUGGGGCAAGUGCUGUUGGCGAGCACCUGCGAAGGCCGGCACGGCACACGAGGGGGUUGGUGGCCAGCACCACGCCCGGCCGCCUUUGUCUCCCUAGUGGCGAUGUCCCCACGUCGCGCGAGGCGCUCAAUUGAAGCCGAGUCGACCGAGGAUCGGUUCGGAUAAUCGUCACUGGUGCUGGCCAUGAGCGGGAAUCGAACUCUGGUGGCCAGGUUCGGUAGUGCAGCGCGCUAACCGCUACACCACCGCUCCCCACCGGAUACACGGAGCACACACGCACGCACACACACGUGCAUUCGUAGCAAACCCUCGCACUCAUUCUACACAAGACUCUCCUCGCAUCCUCCUCGCCGGUCAUCACUGCAGCCAAACUCGCGCUGCCGCCCCCCACCCCACAUCGCACACUCGUCCCAUUUGUCCGCUCACGUGGCUGUGAGCAUCGGGAGCGGGGCGGGGAGGCUCACGCGGAGAUCUCUCCCCGCCCAGAGAUCCGCCCCCGCCGCCCGCCACUCGUCGUGUUGUCGUUUUCAUCAUUUUCCCGGCCACGCUUUGGGAUCGUGGGCAGAGGCGGCGUGCGGCCGUCCCGGGAAGUUGACCGUGCACGGCAGGCAGGGAGGAGACUCGCCUUGCGACCGAAUGACCGUUUUCGUCGGUGCGCGGAAAGGCGCGGCGAUCGACCAAUCCACGGUCCCGCGUUAAACGCGCGACAGGGAACAAACAAAAAUACCGCGGUCUCAAUUUUUGUAUACGAAUUUUUCUAAGAGGCAUACAGCGCACGCAGAUGGCGUCAACGUGGAGAGUUAAUGUCCGUCCUCUCCGUGAAUACAAAACUCAAUUUUGUCGUGGCAGGGAAGAAGGCAACGUCGCAUUUGAUGGUCGAGUUUUGCCGGACGCAGGAACGAACACGGCGGCUGGUGGGCGGGCACGUGAACAUCGCCUUGGGGGAGCGGUUUAGGUUGCGCAGAACAACUUGGGGUCUGUGCAACGCUUCUUGUUAUUCCAGUUGUUGUCCAUAAUAUAUAUAUUUUUUUGGGUUAGAUCGCGUAAAUAUAUAAAUGUGUCAUUAAAUCCGCCACCACCACCCGACACGGCCAACUAGUAAGGGUUGUCACGUAAACAGAACGUGGCCAAUUCGUUACUAGCACAGCACACCAGGUUUGUUGGUGUGCAAAGCCACAACAUUUACAACCUGAGCACGACGUUUCGCCAGUAAUUACAACGAGCUUCAUCAGGCGACAAGCCAGUUUAUUUUUUAAAUUCGGAGCCUUUCAUUCUCUCAAAGCCCUCGUCGUCGCCACUGCGCAGGCCGCGCGACUUGUUCGCGAGCGGAUGCGGCGACGGACGUUCGAGGUCGCGAGGGCCAGAGUGGUCAACGUAGCCAGAGAGCGUUCGUCAAGCGUAGCGUGGGUAGUAGUCCGUACGACGAUUCGUUCGACUCGGGACGUUUGGCGCAGAGUACGAAAUGACCGCGGUGCGGUAAAGCGAUUCCCACCUUGAGGCGGAAUCUGUUGUGGGGAGGAAGGGCGACUGACGAGAAACCACGCCGCGCCCGCCCCCUCCCCCCAUCGCAACGGAAACUUUUUGUCGACGCGCGAAAGUGUUGCGGCACUGCGUGUACGAACAGAACAAAAAUCUCUCGGCCUUGUCCAAACCACCAGCUCGCAAAGAACUAAAACCUGCGGCCAUGCUCGUCGUUGAGAACCACCGACUCGGAGCUCGGAAAAUGUGGCUCCUCCCAACAGGCAGCAGCGGAACGACGACGUCAACCGUGGACCGGUUUCGCCUUCGACGGGACUCGUCAGCACAGCCCGCAAACGACAAAAAGGCCGCGUGUUGGCAGUUCUUUUGAGCUGGUGGUCUGGACUAGGCUGAGAGCUGUGAUGAUGCGUGCAGCGCUGGUCACCUUUGUGUUGGUCAAUGUAGGUGUCGGCAGAAUGCUUUGCUCUUGAGAUAUUCUGACAGCCCAAAGGUUUGCGUGUUAUUUGCUAAGGCAGGCCUGCUACCAGGUGUGUUUUGAAAUUAAUUAUACAUUUUUUUUUAGACCUGUUAUCCACGUUAACAAAAAGUGCAUUUGUGUUGUCUGGACAUUUUAAUUAAUUUAGGGCUUUGUAUUAAAGGUAGAAAAAAAAUCCCA